AUGGAGCCUCCGAUCCUGCUGCUGGUGCAGCACGCGCUGCCGCUGCAAGUCCAAGGCCUCUCGCAUGUCGUCCAGCUCGUCAACGAGUUCGUCCUGCCGUCCACCAUCGACGCUGCCGUGUCCAACGACCUGCAGCGCGUGCUCAAAGCGUUCGAGAUGUUCCGCCCUCAGACAAUUGGCGCCAUGGACGGAGCUGCGACCCUCGGACGUCUCGACAUCCUCCAGCGGCUGCACGUCGAGCGGGAUGAAGGCUGCUCGCUGACUGCGUUCAUCGGUGCGGCGUCCAACGGCCAUCUGGAGGUGCUGGAGUGGCUCUACUAUCGCUAUCCGAAGAUGCGGCGGGGGAUGCAGGAGCUCACGGAAGCCACGAGGCACGGUCAUCUCGACAUUAUCCAUUUUGUA